UAUUGAAUAUAAUAUUAUAACAAGUACAAUAAUUCAUCUAGGACUUAACCGUGGUUAUUUCAUAUCUAGAAAUAGAUCUGAGUUUAAAGUAUCAGCUGUUUCUUUCAUUUGAAGAAGAAGAACGCAUCAAUCACAGUAUGGCUUUCUACAACUACGACUCCGUUGAAAAACUUGAUGAUUCAAAAGAUGAGUGGACUGUUCGAGUUAGAGCGCAAUCAGUUUGGAAGGGUAUCACUAAAAAAACCGGUGAAUUCAGAGGCCUAAACAUAAUAUUCUUCGAUGACUACAGUUCAAGGAUCCACGGUUUCAUAGCCUCACAAAUUUGUCCAAAGUUUGAAGAUCAACUUUAUGAGGGUCAGAUUUACAUUUUACAAAAUUUCUCGGUAAAAGAAUAUAAUGGUGAUGAGACAAGUAGAUCUGUGAGAAAUGAGAAACAUAUCUACUUCACAAGUGAAACAAAAAUGGAGAUAGAUACGAAGGUUGGAAUAAAAUUUCCAACUCAUAGCUUUGACAUUCGAAAUUUAGAUGAGGUGGAUGCAAUGAAGGGAGACAAUAGAUUUCUGAAUGAUUUUGCUGCCGUGGUAGAGGGAAUUCCACAGAAAAAUGUCUAUACCAAGGACGAUGUUGAGAGGUCACAUGUUUCUUUCACAAUAACUGAUGGCAGGAAGUCACAAAAUGUAACUUUCUUCAAUGAGUUUGGUGACUUCUUUCUGGAUGCAUUUAGCAAAAUUGAAGACAAACCAGUAGUCAUUAUAAUAUGCUGUGCCAAAGUAACUGAAUGGAAAGGCGUUGUGUACUUGACUAAUUUCCCUGCCACAAGAUUUUAUCUAAAUAUCAAACAUGUUGCUGUUACAAUGUUGAAAGAGAGAUAUCAUAAGCCAGAUUUUUAUGUGAUGGACAUUGAUGAUGAUGAUGAUGUAUCUAAACUUGAGAUUAAAAAAGUGAAUGAGUUGCGCAAGCUGAAUGAAAGUUACAUUCAGAAAAAGGUUGCCUGUGAGGUUACGGUGAAAAGGUUUGACGAGAAAAUGAAUUGGUUUUCUCCAUUUUGUCUCCAAUGUGAGAAAGACAUCAAGUUGGCUGAUGGAAGCUAUCAGUGCUGUGGAAGAAGUAUCCUGUAUCCGGACAAAAGGUUUCGUUUAUACAGCUUAUGUUCUGAUAGCACAGGAACAGUUGCAAUUGUUUGGCCUGAUGAGGAAAUUUGCCGCCUAACAGGGAAAACGGUAUAUGAUGUUGAUGCGGAAGAAAUUGAGACAGUGGAAGGUGUUAACAAAAUACCUGAUAUCCUUAAAAGCUUUGAGAAGAAAGCAUACACAAUAACAAUUGUGGUUAGUGAAGAAAAUGUAACAAAAGGAUCAAAUGUGUUUCACGCAUCAAACAUUUCCAAACCACACGAAGUCACAGACACCCAUUCUCCAGGUCCUAACAAAAAUGUUGUUGCCGAGCAAGAAGAAAUUAUUGAUGUGAAUAACAAAGAAAUGUUGUCCAACGUAAACAGUCCGCCAACUGAGAAAUCAACCAACCGUACAAGAUCAAGGCUUCCGGAGGAAAAGUUGGAGACAUCAAUCAAACCGCCAAAAUUUAAAAAUAUCAAAGUUGAGAAAAUGUAAGCUCAGCUUCUCAAGGAAAUUGAAUCCAGCUGACAACUAGGAUCAUCUCACUCAUCAAAGUUGUGUACUAAACAGGAGAUGCAAAGACUAUUUAUAUCCUACAUUUUGUGUCAGAUGGAAUGCUUUUGUAAUCCACAUGAACGGCAUUUGUGCCAUGGAACUUGAAACCACCGAAACAUUUGGUCUCCUAAAAAUCAUGUAAUUCAUACCUUUUUAUUCGGAUGCAACCAGGGCCGGUUAGCUAGAUUUGAGAGCCUAAGCAGACAGCAUCAAAAGGCCUUUUUUAUAUAUAAAAAUUAUUUCUUAUUAAAAA